AUGUAUUUUCAGAUGGUUGACAAGGCUUCUACCACCUAUCUACAGAAAAAGACCAGUCAGAGAGUGAAAGAGGCCAUGGCAAGAGGUGAUGCCCUUCAAAUAGAGAAGAGAAUUUAUAUUCAGCUUCCUAGUGAUGAGGACCACAGAAAUGUCCACAGUCUGGGAGAGGGUUUGAAGAGCGAGUGUCUGCCAGCAUCCUUCAAUUCCCCAUUCAACACUUCAGCAGGGGAGACUGGAGUGAAAAUCUCUGCCGAUGAUCCCUCUGAUUGCGCAACAAAGGACAUCCUGUUGCCAAUCAGAGGGGCACCACUCAAACGACUGGCAGGCCAUUGUCGCGAGAAGCUUUCCUUGCUACGAGAUCUAACGUAUCUUUGUAAUGAUGGGGAGGCUCUCACUGAAAUGUGGGAAAAGCUGCAUACCAUGGUAGAAACUACGAGGCAAUCAUUGCCAAUUGAUGGAACCUUUGAUAUCCCAAAUGGGGCUGACAAUCUGGUAAAGGUUUUAAAUAGGGACCCAGCUAUGCCAAAAAUGCCAGACCAAUCAUCCCGCUACCAUGUAGCAGGCGAUGUCUUGGAGCAUAAGGACUUUGAGACAUUAACAAAUCCCAACUGGCUGAACGACAAGGUGAUCAAUGCCUACCUGCUUCUCCUCCGUAAUCAGGCCAACAGAGAGGAUGAGGGCCACAUCUAUGUUAUCCCUUCAUAUGUUCCUGUCCAAUGGAGCAGUAGCAAUCUUCAGCCAUGGUUUUUCAAAAAGGUGAAACUUCACAUGUUCCAGUGGCUGUUAAUUCCAAUAAAUGUUGACAACAGCCACUGGAUACUUUUGUGUGCCAGUCCGGCAAAGAGGACAGUGUCUUUGCUGGAUUCGCUGCCUGGGAGAGACAACUCGAGGUACCUGGAGCAGUUCAGGAAGUACAUGGAUCUUCGCAGUGAGGCUACGGGAGAGCUGGCAGGCCACUGGGUGGAGGAUCGACAGCUGCAGUCAGCAAGGCAGACUGACGGGGCUUCGUGUGGAGCAUUUGUUCUACUGAAUGGUCUUGCCAUCUCAAUGAAGGUAGAUCCAGCUUCAUUGAAUCAGAAGCAUGCUAUAAGCAUGCGGCGCCAUGUCCUGCAACAGCUUCUGGCAGCAUCGGUAAAGCCGCCUUCACAGAGGACAAUCUGUGACGCAGUUGGGUGUUGCGAGCCACCACUCCCAACCAACUGGGUGGCGUGUGAUGUUUGUGAUUGCACGUUUCUGAGCAAUAUUUUUGCAAUGAACCCUUUGAAGUCCUAAUCAGGAAGCGGCCAUCGUUGGCGCUGCGACAGAUGUCGAUUGCCGCAACGUAUUCGACGCGGCGCCGCAGAA